AUGCAACCUUCAUGGCUCAUCUUCUUCUUCUGUUUUCUUGGCUUUCUCUCUCUUUCUAAACUCAUUUUCAUUCUCUCCAGAUGGGUUUUCAUCACUUUCUUCCGACCACCCAAAACCCUCACCAACUACGGCUCCUGGGCCGUCAUCACCGGCGCCACCGCCGGCAUCGGAAAAGCCUUUGCUUUCCAACUAGCUCAAAAGGGUCUUCAUCUAAUCUUGGUUAGUCGAAACCUAGCGAAACUUAGGGUCGUUUCUGACGAGAUUAUGUCGGUACACCCGACCACCAAGAUAAAGAUCUUUGCGGUUGAUUUCUCCGGUGAGAAUGUGGUGGCCGGAGUGAAGGAGAUGAAGGAGGUGAUUGAUGGUGAAGGGUUGGAUGUGGGAGUUUUGGUGAAUAAUGUAGGGGUGACAUAUCCAAUGGCUAUGUAUUUUCAUGAGGUUGAAGAAGAAGUAUGGAUGAAAGUGAUGAAGGUGAAUGUGGAAGGAACGAGUUUUGUAACAAAAGCUGUGAUUGGUGGAAUGGUUGAGAGAAGGAGAGGUGCCAUUGUUAAUAUUGGUUCUGGUGCUGCCAUUGUUGUACCUUCUCAUCCUCUUUAUGCCAUCUAUGCUGCUAGCAAAGCGUAUAUCGAUCAGUUUUCGAGGUGUCUUUAUGUUGAAUACAAGAAUAGUGGCAUUGAUGUGCAGUGUCAGGUGCCAUUAUACGUAGCAACAAAGAUGGCAUCGAUCAAGAGAUCUUCAUUCUUCGUACCAUCACCAAGCGGAUAUGCAAAGGCAGGGUUGAGGUGGUUAGGUCACGAACCUCGUUGCACGCCUUACUGGCCGCAUUCCGUCAUCUGGGCUUUGCUUUACUCGUUGCCCGAGGCUGCUAUCGAUGCUUGGCGAUUCAACUUCUGCCUCAAGAUCCGAAAAAGAGGACAACUUAAGGAUUCUAGGAAGACUGAGUGAAGAUCUUUUUGAAAUUUUAGCAGUUUGGUUUGUGCAUUUCUAGCAUUUAGUAUGAUGAUGAUGAUGUUCAACUUUGGGACCAUAUUUUUCAUUUGAGAUAUGCAGCUUUCACCCUUUUUGAAA